AUGGUGGACUCGGCGGAAGAUACGCCUGCCCAGGACGCGGGGGAAGAGACGCCCGCCCAGGACGCGGCGAAGACGCCUGCCCAGGACGCGGCCGGAAGAACCCUGCCAGGACGCGGCGGAGAGAACGCCUUUCCCAGGGCGCGGCGGAAGGGGACGCCUGCCCAGCCCGGCGCGGAAGAGCCGCCUGCUCAAGACGCGCGGAAGAGACGCCUGCCCAGGACGCGCCGGAUGAGCCCCUGCUCAAGACGCGCGGAAGAGACCUCCCCCAGGACGGGGGAAAGACCCUGCCCGGACGCGCCGGAUGAGUCGCCUGUCCGGACGGGGCCGGAAGAGACGCCUGCCCGGACCGCGGCGGAGAACGCCUGCCAGGACGCCCCCGGAAGAGCCCUGCCCAGGCGCGGGAAAGAGACCCUGCCAAGACGCGGCGGAAGAACGCCUUCCCAGACCGCGGCGGAAGAGACGCCUGCCCAGGACGCGCCGGAAGAGACGCCUGCCAACGCGGAAGAUAGCUCAGUUCCAGGACGGCGAAACGCCUGCUCCAAGACGCGGCGGAAAGACGCUGCCCAGGACGACGACGAAUGA